UACGGAACCGUAUCGCCAUGUGUUCAAGGUAGAUUGUGCAGUUUCGAGGUUAUGUUGUCCACGUUGAUACCACGUAUGAUUCUGACAAUUUAUUUAUAAAAACCUAACUGACAUCUGGAAUAGUUUCGUCAAUUGUUCCAUUCAAUUUCAAUACACGCAUUUUCGUAUAAGAUGCUGCUGCUGAAUCUCUUUUAACAGUCUUUCUGUGCACCGAAAGAUCGUUUAUUCGAGGCGAGGGGCAAGCUGUAAGCUGUAAUUGGAAAAGAGAUGACCUGUUCGUUUCAUCAGGCAACGUAUACACCGAAAAUCUAACUACACGCUGAAGAACAAGCUGAUAUGAACAUGAAGAUGAAGAUGAAGAAUGAUUUAACGAUAAUAUGGGAAUGAGGCUGCAUACGAAUCGUUUAUCGUCAAACGUACGACACAGAAAAUCGGAGAAUAAACUUCACGUGAAUGAAAUGGUGGGAUUAGGCAGCGAUGAAUCGCUUCGUUCCAACAUCUCUGAUGUUAGUAUGGAAAUAGAAAUGAAAUCUGACGAAGAAACAGAGAGCGAUGGAGAACACACGCGACGACUUAUAUCAUCGUCGCCGAUCGAUCACCGCCAUCUCGAAUGUAUUGCCGAUAACACGAAAAAAUCGGUUGCUCGAAACUCUCAAUCGAAACAGCUCGAAGAUGAGAAUGUUUGGUUUAUGUCUAUACAAAUGUUCGUGCCUUUUUUGUUAGCCGGUUUCGGCAUGGUCGCUGCCAGUUUAUUACUGGACAUUGUACAGCAUUGGCCUGUAUAUCAAGAGGUAUCUGAAGUGUAUAUAUUGGUGCCAGCGUUGCUUGGCUUAAAAGGAAACUUGGAAAUGACAUUAGCCUCUAGAUUUUCAACUCAUGCCAAUCUUGGACACAUGGACACCAAAAAACAGCAAUGGACUUUGAUACUUGGAAAUCUUGCGCUGAUACAAUGCCAAGCAACUGUAGUAGGCUUGUUAGCUUCCCUAGCUGCUGUUGUACUUGCUUGGAUUCCUGAAGCACAAUUCAAUAUUCACCAUGCGCUUUUAUUGUGCGCCAGUGCCUUAGUCACAGCGUCCAUAGCAAGUUUUUUAUUGAGCUUGCUAAUGGUCGCAGUCGUAUUAUUAUCCAAAGAGAUAAACAUCGAUCCAGAUAAUAUAGCCACACCAAUUGCAGCUUCUCUCGGCGAUUUAACCACAUUGAUGCUUCUUUCAGGCAUAGCGUCUCUCCUCUAUAGAGCAACAGAAUACGCACCAUGGAUAGCUCCCAUCUUGAUAGCAUUUCAUAUCGUCGUCACACCUCUUUGGGGUUACAUCGCAGCCAGAAAUCCAUUUACCAAGGAAAUAUUGGACUAUGGCUGGGCACCUGUGAUAUGCGCCAUGUUAAUUAGCAGCGUCGGAGGUUUGAUAUUAGAUUACACGAUAUCCAGUUACAAAGGUAUAGCUGUAUUUCAGCUGGUAAUAAAUGGCGUAGGCGGCAACUUGGCUGCUGUACAGGCUAGUAGAAUAUCAACAUCUUUGCACAAAGAUCGGCCAUCUAGCAUUCAUCGUUUCAAUCCAUUCCACGUUUUCUGUGCGAAAGGCGGACACGCAAGAACUGCUAGAGUUUUAUUAACGAUGGUGAUUCCUGGUCAUUUGAUAUUUAGCUAUACCAUCAGUUACCUCCAAGCUGGACAUACUUCCUUCACGCCUAUAUUUCUUAUCGUUUAUUUGACCGCUGCUUUACUACAGGUUAUUUUGUUAUUAUACAUCACACAACUGAUGGUCGUAUGGAUGUGGUCACGAGGAAUAGACCCAGACAGUUCCGCCAUACCAUACUUAACGGCAGCAGGCGACUUAAUAGGAACGGCAUUAUUAGGAAUCGCGUUUCAUAUACUCUAUGCCAUCGGAGAUGGAGAUUCAGACGUCGGUGACUGA